UAGUAUUUCUUGUGCGGGAGUGAGCGCUCGGCAACAGUCGUAUGGGUACGGAAAGUCAGAGCAGGGGAUCUGUGGAUCACUCGUCCGACUAGCGAGCAAUUCUCUGGUCUAAAAUCACGAUAAUUUAGAAAUGUCGGGGGAUAACGAAGAAACGCAGACAGCCGAGGAGACAUCAGUGGACGAGAAGGAGGUACAGGACAAGGUGAUCAGUCCCGAGAAGGCAGAGGAGGCUAAACUGAAGGCCAGAUACCCAAACUUAGGAAAUAAACCUGGAGGCUCUGAUCUGCUUCGCAAACGCCUCCAAAAGGGGCAAAAAUACUUUGACUCAGGUGACUACAACAUGGCUAAAGCGAAGAUCAAGAACAAACAGUUGCCAACAGCUGCACCAGAGAAGACCGAGAUCACAGGAGACCACAUCCCCACCCCCCAGGACCUGCCCCAGAGGAAACCAUCUCUGGUGGCCAGUAAACUGGCAGGCUGAUGCACACGCAGCCUUGAUAUUCCCCUGCGGCACCUCCCAGCCCUCACCCCUCUCUACUCAGAGCUGUAACAUUACCCCCCCACCCCACCCCCCCACCCCCCCGUACCACCUGUCCCCAGCCUAUGCCCCUUCCCUAAGAGCCUGGACCCCCACCCAACAAUAACCCCACACCUAGCACUCGGUGAACUGGCUAGCUGAUACCUUCAAAUCCUGUUUAUUUUUGUUUUCACCCCACCUGGCCCUGUCUCUACUGCCCCUUACCCUUGUUUUUGUCCCUCGCUACUCCCCCACCCCUCAACCCCACCCCCAACUGACUGUCCUCCUGCCCUUGUCCUUCCAUGUUUCUUUUUUUUAUUUUCUCAUAACUACCAUGUAAGAUACACUGAACGACAGGACAUCCAAGUGUGAGUGUGACGAGUGGACUGUGACUCUUCUGUACGACUGAUGGAGGAUCGACAACACAGUGUGUACUGGCUGAAGAGGGGGGCGAGAAGCGGAAGCUGCGUAUAUAUGUAUAUUUGCUUAUGUGUGGCACAGGAGCAGACGUUGGCUUUUUAGAAAGUUUAACAUCAGAUUUGUAUCAUUCACUGUAUGUCCUUAUUCUAAAUUAUGCUGUCAAUAUGCUUGAGUGAUUGACUGAUUAUAGUAAUGCAGAGGCCAAGUUCAGUUCUGUUAACACUUUUGAUUGUGAAACACAGGGGGGGAAGCCAUACUAAAGGACCACACAGUGAAAUGUCAUAAGGAACUGCAUGUGUGACACAGGGCUCCCAAAGGCAAACCUCACAGAGCUCCAUUCACAUUCAUUAAGGUGCACUGAACAGACAUUUAAACAGAUGCUGAGAACACUUGGGUGCAACACAAAAGCUCUGGGUGGCAGAUAGAUGGUUCAUUCAACACAUCUUGAAACUAAAAACUUCUUUCAGGUGUGAAAGAGAAGGGGACAGCAUUGUUGGCUUCAGUCUGAACUGAAAUGUUGAAAGUUUGCACUGUGUUUGUGGUGUGCCAUGCAUUUCAGCCUUAGGGGACGACACAGUCCUCUCCUUGGGUCAAAGUUUCUAGUUCCAAGUGGUCGUGAAUGAGGCAUCGCUAUGAUAGAAGAGGGUAGUGGAGUAUAUGGGACCUGAAAGCUAAACUUCUAUUAGUAGGGACCAGUCUUUGUGCUGUGUGAGUAGAAAUCUAUUGUUAAAAAAAUGUACUGGGUGGGAGCAGCCCUUGGCACCGGGAACAAAGAGUGUAAUGAAAUGUGUUCAGAUUUGGGGAAAAAAAACCUCUAUACUCGUAAUUUAAAAGUAGUUUUAUCUUAAAAUUGUCCAUGGCCCUGUGUAGUGCUUUUCCAGGGUUCUUGCCGACUGGAUGAAGUUUACCUGCGAUGUGGUAAAUCUAAGCUAGCACUACAUCCGUCUGAGCUGUGCAUGUAUGUGGCUGCCCUGCUGUCACUUUGUGCCAUUUUGUUUUGUAAAUAAAAUAGUUUUGCACAAAUGUUUAA